AGCAGUGAGGAAGGCCAGCGUACACUGGAUUGGUGACAUUAUUUCCAAUUUAUAUGUGCGGUAGAUUUACAACCUGUUUUGAAUGAGAAGCUCAGAGUUACAACUUUGGUGGCCGCAACUUUAACUUUGUAAGGAAAUUUGUUACUCAAUUCCUUGUUGUCACGAGGUUAUGAUUUGAAGUGGUUCGCGAUCAACUGGGUGCUUCCGUUGCGUCAGCUGUUUUAAUCAAAAAGGUGAGUUCAUUUCUUAACGUGUUGUAUCAUAGAGAAAAAUACAAAACGGGUAACCGGAACGUCAGUAACGUCACAACAAAAAAAUGACUUAAAUACAAAAAUAGCUUUAAGAUUCACAUCAUGAUUUAUAAAUACGACGAAUUUGCUGAAGCGAGGGAAAUAUCCCAUGAUAUUAAUCAGAUACCAAACCUUCUGGAGAAAAAGUUAUUUUUUUCGCAGGACAAAGCAGCGGUACAAAAAUGCAGUAACCUAGUGCUGCAAAAGUCAAGAAAAAUUAGUUCUCAUUGCCUGGGCCCUACAUUCAGUACUGAAGCGCCCAAAUUAGAGACUUCUCACUUAAAUUCUAUGAGUUCUAUGACACAUCACCAAGUUUUUACUACUUUUUCCAAUUCGCGAAUUGAAUGGAAUCGUUUAUUAGAACCAUCCGCAAAACAGAAUUAUCAUGAAACUCCCGUCCAAGACGUAGAAGACGAUAUAUCAGAAGUCCAAAGUUCUGAAUGUAGACCUGAAUUAAACCCCACAUGGAAGAACCGUGUUGAUUGCAAUAUUAUGACAUUCCGUGAUCAAGGUACAAUGACGCGAAACUCAGUUGAUGCAAGCUGUGGUGCGCAGUUACCUCCGGUUGCCGCCUGCACUACAUCCGAAGCUUCAGUUAUGGCUUCUGACACCACAGCUGGUUGGUUUCCAAUCAGUCGACGCUCGUUCCUUGUUGAAAGUAGGUCAAUACCUGAUCGCAGCGUGAUGCAGAUUGAUCAAAGGUGCCAAUCGGCUAGAUGCCACUAUUCAGAUAUAAAAUACGUCCGCUAUCCUUUUUACCACAAAGAUAUAAAUAAGACCGAACGGCCCGAUAUCAUAAUUCCCGAAAAAAUAUCUCGGAAGAACAUCUACAAUGAAGGCAUUAAGGACGUGAUUUUGGACUGUAUUCCUUCACAUCCUAUAGGUAUAAAGUAUCCAAUUUUUUCUAGCUCAAAAUGCUGCAACAAAAGAGAAUGCGUUAAAAAUAUUGUAGAUGACUCCAAAAACUUCAUUCCCUAUUCCUUUAAAUCCGCCUCGCGAUAUCACGAAGCUUGCAAGGAGCGUUCAUCUAAUUAUAAUUUUGAACAUGAAUGUGAAAUUUCAAGCAAUAGAAAAAUGACAGAGUUUCCGAACAAAUGCAAGCAAAAAAUAUUGCAGCGUAAACAUCCUCGCUCAGGGUUGCCAAAAAGAAUCUUAUCAUCAAACCCCGACUUUGAUUUUUUUUUGAAGGAUAACAACUUUAGUAGUUGUACUACUAAGGAAUAAGCUCCAUUUUAUUCCGCCAUGGCUUUCAUUCAAAAUGAUUGAUACUUAUAUUAUGGUUGUAUUAAGUUAUCACAUUAAAUAUGUCGCACAAUUCCAAA